CAAAGUAGCGAAUCGUUUGCGCACGCGACAGAUCGAAUAGUAAUCUCUUUCGUUUCGCUUACUAGUUUUUAUUGGAAUGUAUCUAGAUUCCUGACGGGAGAACUGGAAGACGAAAGCGAAGAAGAGGAAGAGGGCGAACGAGAUCCAAACAUCAUUCGGGAAGAUAAGAAAAAGAAGAAGCAAGAGCUACAUUUUGCUCAGGUCGAUGACCUGAAAAACAAGUGGAAGACGGGUGAUGUUGAAACAGCCGAACAGAAGGAAGCAAAAGAAAAGAAAGAGUUGGAAAUUCUUAAGGUAAUUCUAUAA